AUGGCUAGUAGUCCUUACAACGAAGCUCCCUCUGCGGCCAGACCGGCCAGACCUACCGAUUCUACGAGCCUUCCGAUGCUUGAGGACCUUUCCAUACGAAUGGAACGACUGGAGAAGCACGUUCUUGUGCGAAGCACGAGCAGAUCCGACCUUGGCGGGGGCAGGAUAGUUGCGGCAGCGCCAGAGACCAUACGGGGGUUGACGGUGAAGCGCGAUGCCUUGCGAACUCGAUAUUUUGGGCAAAAUGACCCUCGGGUGCUGUUGAAUCUGUUUGACGACGCCAAAGCAUAUGUAUCCCACAACUGCCAGCAAGAGCCUUUCCCCAGCUUUGAAGUCCUACAUAAGCAUAUACGAAGCGAAUCGGCCAAGGCAUUAACUCCAAUCACAGUCUUUGUGGAUUCCAUGAUGCCAAUUCACAAGAGAAUGACGGAUAUCCUGCCGAAAAAGGCCAUCUGUGAUCGACUAGUGACUGCUUAUAUCGAAACAUCAGAGACCCAGUAUAGGAUCAUUCACGUCCCGACGUUUGCAGAGCAGUAUAAUCAGUACUGGGAGGGCAAGCCACAGCCAGAGCAUUUCCUCCCGCAGAUGCUCUCCGUGAUAGCGGUGUCAUCCAGAUAUGAAACGAAAUCCAGGGGGCUAGCUACCGAGCGCAUAGAAGGCGUGCACAUCCCGACCGCCUGUGCACUGGUUCGGAUUUGGCUAGAUAGCUUGAAAGGCAAACAGCUUGUUGAGCUUGCUACGCUGCAGGUCGAGGUGCUUCUACUGCUCGCACAGAGGAUGAUUAUCACACGUCCCCAGGAUUCCUGGAACCAUCUAGGAUUCGUGGUCCGCAUGGCCAUGUCUAUGGGCCUUCACAGAGAUCCCUCAGAGUUUGAGCCGCGAAUGACCCCAUUCCACGGCGAGAUUAGAAGGAGGCUGUGGUUCACGGUUCUAGACAUGGACUUGUACAUGUCAAUUCUCGCUAAUAUGCCCUGUCUCACUCGCGAGGGCGACUAUACUUGUCGGCCGCCGCGAAACCUGGACGACAAUGAGCUCUUCCCAGAGAUGACUGAGCUGCCACCCUCGAAGCCCCUGGAUCAAGUAACAGAUAGUCAGAUGCAAGUCUAUGCGUCCAUGACCCUCCCGACACGGAUGAAAGUAGCCCAUAUGAUUAACCGCAUCGACACCAUCCGUGACUACCAGGAGGUGCUGGAUGUAGGCGGGAAGCUAGAGCGAUUCAUUGAAGACAUCAACUAUAUAUUUCCGCGGCAUGCCCUCAACGAUAUCGGAAAGAGCAGACUGUGGCGGAACCGGGCCAUUCUCGAUAUGCAUGUGCGACGGCCCCUGCUGGCGUUGUAUCGGCCAUUUGCCAUGGCAGCCCCCGAGGCGCCGACGCUAAUCUCACGAGCGUAUCUUCGAUCAUGUAUGGUGAUAUUAAAAUACCUCGACGAGCUGGACCCCACCUUGCCGCAUUUUGACGACAUUUAUCAAAUGUAUAUGCAGCUGUUGAAGCGAGACAUAAUCCAGGCUUCGCUGAGCGUAUGCUAUUUUAUCAAAUCGGCUGUUCGUCCUUCUGUCAACAGCAGCAUGCUCGCCCAGCAAGGACUCAGGGCUUCUCCGGGGCUCUCAGAUGAUAUGCCGUCUUAUAUCCCAUACCCGAACUAUGUCCCAGAUGACCUGGUGCUUUGGUCGCCGUCACGGCUCAUCAGCACCGUGCAAAAGUCAAUCGAACUGCUCAUUGGGCAACUUCGCGGCAGCGACCUCAAGGACAUUCUCUGCCUCGCUGUUGUUCUGGAGAGCGUGAGAAAGACCGAUAUUCGAAGUGAGGAGAUUACGAAUAAUUUGUUUGACCUGCUGAAUGCUUGUCUGAGAGCCACCAAUGUGACAAUGGAAAAGCUUCGUAACCCAUCGUUGGGUAAUGUUAAUGAAUACCAACGCGAUGCGUACGCUCAUGGGAGGAUGCCAUAUAUACAACAAGGAUACGGUAUGGGAGGCAUGCUGGAUCAUGCCCAUGAGUUCGGCGGCUGGAUAAUGUGGGAUGGUUGGGAUUGA